AUGGCUGGUGGUCGCUACCCUUAUCCCAAGCACGUCUGGUCCCCUACUGGUGGUUGGUGGACUCAGCCUACCAACUGGAAGUCUAACACUGCCGUUGCCGUCGGUAUCACUGCCACCAUCGUCGCCGCUGCCUGGAAGUACUCUGCUGAGAACGAGGAGCGCCACACUCGCCCCAAGGGCUUCAUCCCCUCGUCGUUGUGGGCUAAGGAGUUCAAGGACGGCGAGGUCUACGGAAAGAAGUAA